AUGUCAUAUAUUAAAGAGGAAAAAGAAGUCAACCUUGAAGAGCUAGCCCUUACCCCUUACUUUGUGGUUAAGACAAAAAUAUUCACUCCUUACAAAAUAUAUAAUUCAGGAACUAAAUUUUUCAUAAAUGUAUGUUCCAAUGAGAAGGUACCUACUAAAGAACUGAAGAACAAAUAUGGAGAGUUAAUGGAGGAUUUUGAUGCCAAACUUGUUUUUGUCUUGAUAUCCAAGGGGGAGUGGGAAAUUCCUAUUUUGACCUCCCCAGAAAUACGAGAAACAUUAGACAAAAAGGGUAAUAAAUCGUUAUUGAUCGAUUGUGCAAUCAACGACAAAUACAUCAAAUGGUGUAUAGUGAACGAAGAACUUAAAGAAAUAUUGAUACAGUGGUGUAUUGAUGCUGUUGAAUUUCAGGCAGGAGGAAACUUUGUAAUAGAUCGUGACUCUGUGAGUUUGCCCAAGAGAACAUGUAUUGGUGGAAACCCUCAAAAUAUUGAAGUAGAUCUCCACCACUUGAUGAAUACAUCAAAAGAGCUAGAAGAGAUGAGCAAAGACAUGUAUGAAGGAAAGGAAGAUCCGCUGAUGCUUGUUAAUGCGAGACGGUUGGAUGAUUUAGAUGAACUAGAUGCGGAGACGAACAAAAAAGGUGAGUUACCGCCGCUAUUGCCUGUGGGAAACACAUCGAAAAAAAGCAAUUUGAUUGUCGAAGUUGAGACUAACGAAAACGAAAGUGUGAAAAACUUACAACAGAAAAAGAACAGGCUCGAUUUGAAACCACAAAAGAUACGAUUUGAGGUCAGCAUAUCUAAACUUCCCAAACUAAAGACAAAACUAAAUCAUAAAUACGAGUUACAAAUUUCCUCCCAGCUCCAGCAUUACAAGGACUACCAGUUGAAAUUUGAUCAAGCUGCAAAGAACUUGAUAAUUUCUGAUUCAAGCAAUGUAUCUGUUUUAAAUUUUCCGCUUCCUCUUGACGUAACGGGGAAAGACAUAACAUCCUUUUUUGUCAAAAAGGAAAAGAAAGUUCAUGUGUACAUUAUAUAA